AUUUAUUUAAUGUGUCUAUACAUAUAUAUGUAUAUGUAUAUACUUACAUAAAAUUAUUAUUUAAAAACAUUUAAAAUUCUUUAAUUAAGUUACUACAUAGCUUAACCUAACCUAUAUUAUCAGAUUUAUUCAAAUUCAUCACAAUUAUGAAUUUGGUAUAAAAUAUACAAGUAUCAGUAUUAUACAAAAUUAAGAAUCAUGUCUGAAACAGACGAAAUUAAGACAAAAAUAGAAUUUAAGAAAAAAAUACGUAAAUCUAUAAGAAAACGACAAUCAUCUACAGAUGAUGAAUCUAAUGACAAUCAGGAAAGUUCUGUCAGGAAAAAAGUAGAAGAAACUAAAAUUAUUCAAAAGUUAAGGGAAAGACCAAGUGGUGUAAAUAUUGUUGGAUUAGCAUUAGGUGAAAAAGUAGAAACUGAUAUAAUAAACUCAGAUCCAUUUAACGUUAAAACCGGAGGAAUGGUAAAUAUGUCUGCUUUAAAAAACACAAAACUCAAAGCAAAUGAUGCAUAUGAAACUGGUAUUGGUACACAAUUUAAUGCUGAAACUAAUAAAAGAGACGAAGAUGAAGAAAUGGUAAAAUAUAUAGAGGAACAAUUAUCGAAACGUAAAAGUAAAAAUAAAGAUGACACAGAUUCUAAUACAAGCAAUGAUAAAGGAUCAUAUUGUUCACCAGAAGAAGCUGCAUUACAAGCUGUACCAGAACAUCUUAGACAAAGUUCAGCUCAUCGUAGUGAAGAAAUGCUUUCAAAUCAAAUGCUUUCUGGAAUUCCAGAAGUAGAUCUUGGAAUAGAAGCAAAAAUUCGUAACAUUGAAGCUACAGAAGAAGCAAAAUUGAAAUUACUUUGGGAUAGGCAUAGGAAAAAAGAUGGUCCAUCACAAUUUGUACCAACUAACAUGGCUGUAAAUUUUGUACAACAUAACAGAUUUAAUAUCGAAGAAUCAGAUUUCCAAAAAUCAAAACAAGAUAAUGAUGAGGAUAGAAAAAAAAUUAUAACUCCUAAAGAAGAUUUUAAAGGAAAGCGAAAAGAUAAUGGUGAAAAAGCAACUGACGAUUAUCAUUAUGAGAGAUUUAAAAAACAAUUUAGAAGAUUUUAAAUAUAAUAUUUAAAUUUUUGUUUUGGACACGUUGAGAUGUUUUGGUUCUUGCACAGCAUUGCAAUUAUGGUAUAUAUACAAAGCUCCCAUGUUUACUUCUCCUUAUAUAAUUUUUACUCUAAUAAGUACAUCUUUUCCCUUAUGGUAUUUACUUAUGGCUUUACCUUAUGGAUUUCUUAUAAGUGUAAAAAUAAAAAGUAAAUACGUAUGUUAUAAAAUUAACUUCUACGAAUAAAAAUAACAUAGAAUGA